AUGAAUCGAACUUUAUCCGAUUUCAAAAUUAGUUCAUUUAAUGAUGUUAAUCAUUAUCAAAAAUAUGAAACAUGUCGAAAAGAAUCUGCAUGUUAUCUUCUUGCACCUCCACCACGUCCUCCAACAAUUCCUGAAUUAUUUUUAACAACAACUUGUAAAUUAUCAUUGAGUUCAUCUUCGACAAUAACAAAUGCUCAUCAACGUACAACAGAUUCGUCAUAUUUAACAAUUCUUUCCAUUAUUCUUGGAAUAUUAAUUGCUGUAACAUCAACUUGUCUUAUAUUAUUUAUACUCGGUGUUAAAUUUCGAUUUUAUCAUAAAUUACGAUAUCGUCAUCGUCGAACACCAGGCAUUGAUAGUGUGAAUAGCAGCAUACGAGAAACGAACAACAGUGAUGUGGCAUUUAUCAAAACAACAAAUACAAAGGGCAAUCUUGGUAGCAAUAGUAGUGGCGGCGGUGACGGAUGUGCAUCAUUCUCGAGUGUUGCACCAACUUCAUAUGGUUGUUUAACUCCGUUAACAACUACAACAAUUGCUCAUAAUCAAUAUCCAUCAUUAACCAUGAGAAAUAAUUCAAAUUUAAGUCUUCAAAUGACACAAAGUCAACAACAUCUAAAUUCUGAUGAAGCAUCAUCAUCUUCUCAUCAUAAUUCAACAAAUAUUUAUGAAGAAAUUCGUCCAUCCUAUGAUCGUCAUCCUUGUUGCUGUUGUUCAUGUACUUUUGCACAUUAUCAACAACAACAACAACAAUAUCUAUCGUCUAAUUCUCAUUUAAUACCACAUUAUUACACAUGUGAAUCACCUUCUCUACCAGCAUCAUCGACAAUUGUAUGUCAGACUUGUUUAUUAGAAACUUUACAUCGUAAACAAUCUAAAACAUCAACUAUGAAUUGUGCAUGUCACAAUUUCUUUGUACCGAUCAAAUAA